CAAAGUGUGUGAGGGAUUGUACGUUAGUAAAUUUAUUUUUUACGUUAAUUGUGCUGCAUUCGUUUGAUUGUGAUUAGUUUAUUUUUCACUUAAAACUACACUAAUCGAACAGAAAAAGCCGCUUUUUGCGCUCUUGCCAAUUGUGUGUGCUAGACAGAGCAAACCAUAGACUACUCAAGCGGCUCGUUUGUUUCGCUUCUGCUACUUGCAAUAAAUUUCGUCGUGUGAGAAACGUGGUGUGGUUUGUUGGAAGAAGCAGCCGGAGAAGUUGGUCGUUGCUUUGCUCUGUGUAAUUAAGUUGUGUAAAAUAGUGAAAAAUAUUUGUAUUAAAGAAAAAAUACAACAUAGAGGUUUAAUACACAACUAGGAAAUAAAAAACAAUGGAAAAUCAAAGCAACGCAGCUCCAGCUGCCGCCGCCGUGGAGAAUGGCGCCACUGCAGCGCAGGAAGUAUCGUCGACAACCCAGCCCGCUGAGCCCACAAAGCGCUCAUUGCGCGUGCAGACCUGGAAGAAGAUUCAGGAGGGUAAGGUUGGCAUUGGUUUCAACAGCAUAUUUAAUCGCAUUCCUGCGUUCGUGGAUGCCGAUAAGGCAGCUGGAUUGUUCAUUCAGGAGGAGGAGUUCAAGAAAGCACAGCACAUCAGGGUGAACAUUGAUCGCGCCUUGCACGAUUUUAAGGAGAAGGCUACGUUGGCCAAUAAAUCGGUUUAUUUGCCAAGCACACGCGAGUCAUCUGCGGUUUGUUUAAAGGUAGAUGUACCGGUGGAUGCCACCGAGGAGCAGAAAAAGGAAGCUUUGCGCGUGCAGGACAUACAAAAAUACCGUACUGAAAUUGGUCUUGAUAGCAAUCUGAAGCUCGAUCUUGUGGUUAUUGGCUCCGUGGUUGUUUCACGUGAUGGUUAUCGCAUUGGACGUGGCAAUGGGUUUGCCGACUUGGAUAUUGGAUUGCUCAUUGAACUGGGAGCCAUAACACCGGAGACAGUUAUUGUAACGAUUGUGCAUGACUUGCAAGUGGUGGAUUCGCUGCCAACUAAUCUGUUCCAGAAAUACGAUACACCUGUGGAUUUGAUAGUUACGCCCACCGAGAUAAUUCGUGUGGCCAAACGUUUGCCACGUCCCAGCGGAGUUUUCUGGGAGCUUUUGUCCGAGCGCCGCUUGAAGAUCUUGCCUGUACUGCAACAACUCAAGGAGCAGCAAGAGAAGGGUGGCAAAACUAUAACCCUAAAGGAGGAGGACACCGAUGUUGAACAGAAUCAAAACAGUAGACGCCGCCGUGGACCACUGCGUCGUCGCUUCCAACGAAGACACCCAGGACGCACCACCUCACAGACUGACAACGAACAGCAAGGCGAAAAUGUGCAAAAGCGCACACAACGUCGCAACAGACGUUUCCUUAACCGCCGCAGGCGUCCAACUAAGUCUGAGGGCGAUCAGUCUGGUGUUGAGGGCGGUGCUAAGAGUGAAGAUCGCAAGUUUGAUGAGGCUGGCGGCAAUGAGCGCCGUCAGAAGAAAAUUAAGCCUCGUCCGCCUCGUGAUUUCUGUGUUAAAUUGACAAACUUGACGCGUGAAAUUCGCGUUAAGGAUUUGAAGUCGGAGCUACGCAAGCGCGAAUGCAACCCGAAUGCAAUCACAUGGAAAGGUCACUUUGGCAAGUGUUUCUUGCACUUUGGCAACAGAAAUGGUACACCAAGCACUCAGGAUGACGUCGAUAAGGUGCUUAAAUCGUUGAACGAUCUCUCGCUUACUAUCACCACCGGGGGUGGUGACUCAACAGCAGCCGAGGGUGGUGAUGUUGCCUCGAAGGAGGCACCAACCGAGAAUGCAACUCCAUUGCAAACGAAGACCAUUAAUGUCAAUGUGGAGCUUAUUAAAUUUGGCGCCAAAAAGGGUGGUGCUAAUGCUGCCGUUGGCAAUGAUGGCGAUGAAGUGAAUGCCGGCGGAGCCCUCAACGGCGAAGGUGGUACCGUAGGUGGUGGAAAUGAUACAGGUGCUGCACGCAUUGAGUCUGUCGAUACCACCACGGUAUAGUAUGAUCAAGCCGUAAAUGCAGCUAUGAAAAAGCUGCGGCGGAUUACCGCCGACAGCGCUGCGCUUGGAGUUCAACGAAAAAGAGUAACAUUUUGUUUAGAGAAUACCGAAGAGAAAUGACAACAAUACGCGAACUCCUCAAAAAAGGCAGAAAAACAAACAUACAAAAACACACAAAGUACACAAUUCGCUCACACCCCUACACAAAAAUCAUAAUUUACAGCUUGUAGUUUCUUCUCCUUCAUUCUAACACAACAAACCAAAACGACAAAAACAAUAACAGCGAAAACUUAAUUUUCAAACACAAUUUUCUACACACACACACAAAAUUAGAUUCUUUUGCAUUUGCAAAAUUGAAGGAAAACAGGAAAAAAUAUUUGCUACUGACGCUUUCUAAACAAUUGCAUUUGUUUUUGUUGAUAAGAAAACAAAACGAAAAAUUCACUAAAAUUGUUCAUGAAACUUAAAUGAGAGAUACUCGUUCCACAGAUUCAAGUGGAACAAAAUUUCAACUUAAUUUACAUUUUAUAAUAAUAAAUCCCUUCACUAACUUGUUCUUCUGACUUUGCCAAUGUAAACAAUAAUUUCUCAUUCACACAAUUUCUAUUCUCACAUGCCUGCCUCUUGUGCAACCUCGCACUCGUCCGCUCUUGUGAUCCUAUAAAGCAGUUGAGCUGCUUUUGUUUGGGCCCACCACGCAGCUACGAUGCGUCGUUUGCAUUUGUUGGAGGCUCUUGUUUAGAAAGUUCAAUUCAUUAUUUAAUAUAAAAACGCAAAGGCCCAAAAAUGUGCAAACAAAAUGAAUUAACAUAAAACCUAUUAACAUGUUGCAUUUUUGCUGAAAAAUGAAUAUAAAA